CGCCGUGUGUCGCAGACGUCUCAUCCAUGGUAGCAAAUCUACUCGAUUCUACAGUUGUCGACAUGCAUUAAAAGUAGAUUAAUAGAAUCAACGAAUAUUGAUGCUUUAAUCUUUUACAGAAGGUGUCGAGAGGUGGUUAAGUAGUCAUGCUUAAAACAGUAAUCUGACCAAUUUUGAGCUAGCUAACGCUAAAGUGAGUUCGGGGUGUUAAUAACAGAACUAAACCGUAGUCAUUGUUGGUUUCUUGAACAUCUUCAAACCAGGUUUUCAGAAUGAUCCUGUCUCGUGUAAAGCCAGCUGUAGGAGGUGAGGCACCUGAAAGCAUCAGAGAGAAAAAGAACAAGACUAAGGUCCCUGCUUUAGACGAUUAUCUGCAACAAAGAGACUAUCUCGGAGCUUUGACCCUGUUAGAGUUCCAAAGGAGCAUUGGUGAGAAAGGAGAGAAUGCAGACCUCUGGAUUGGCUAUUGUGCCUUCCAUUUGGGAGAUUAUAAGAGAGCCAUGGAGGAAUACAAGUCCUUAACUAGGCAGGCUGACUGUCCGCUAGAGGUAUGGGUCUAUAUGGCCUGUGCUAUGUUUUUUCUGGGCCUUUAUAAAGAAGCUGAAGAGGCUGCUUCCAAGGCACCUGUGUCUCCUCUGCAAAACCGGCUUCUAUUCCACUUGGCUCACAAGUUCAAUGAUGAAAAAAGGCUUAUGGGUUUCCAUCAGAACCUAGAAGAUGUCACUGAGGACCAGUUAAGCCUGGCUUCGAUUCACUAUAUGCGUUCUCACUACCAGGAGGCUAUAGAUAUCUAUAAACGACUUCUUCUGCAGAACAGGGACUUCCUGGCCCUCAAAGUCUAUGUCGCUCUGUGUUACUACAAACUUGACUACUAUGAUGUAUCUCAGGAGGUGUUGGCUGUUUACUUACAAAGUAUCCCUGACUCUACCAUUGCUCUCAAUCUGAAAGCAUGUAACCAUUUUAGGCUCUAUAAUGGCAAAGCUGCUGAAGCUGAGUUAAAAAAUCUCAUUGACAUCUCUUCCAGCUCAUUUGAGUUUGCUAAGGAGCUUAUUCGGCACAACCUGGUUGUGUUUCGGGGAGGUGAGGGGGCUUUGCAGGUGUUGCCUCCUUUGAUAGAUGUGAUCCCUGAAGCUAGACUUAACUUGGUCAUUUAUUACCUCCGACAAGAUGAUGUCCAGGAAGCCUAUAAUCUCAUUCAAGAUCUAGUGCCAACUACACCACAGGAGUACAUUUUGAAAGGUGUUGUAAAUGCGGCUCUAGGUCAAGAAAUUGGAUCAAGGGAAAAUCUAAAAAUUGCUCAACAGUUUUUUCAGUUGGUUGGUGGCUCAGCUAGCGAAUGUGAUACCAUUCCCGGGAGGCAGUGCAUGGCCUCGUGUUUUUUCCUCCUGAGACAAUUUGAAGAUGUGCUGGUCUAUCUUAACUCAGUCAAGAACUACUUCUUUAAUGAUGAUACAUUCAACUUCAACUAUGCACAAGCUAAAGCUGCCCUUGGCAAUUACAAGGAGGCAGAAGAGGUAUUUCUGCUGAUUCAAAGUGAGAAGAUAAAAAAUGAUUAUGUCUACCUCAGCUGGCUGGCUCGCUGUUAUAUAAUGAACCAGAAAGGCCGACUUGCAUGGGAACUCUAUCUGAAAAUGGGAACUUCCUCUGAUUCUUUCAGUCUACUGCAGCUUAUUGCCAAUGACUGCUAUAAGAUGGGACAGUUUUACUAUGCAGCCAAAGCAUUUGAUGCCCUGGAGAAACUGGACCCAGGAUCUAACUAUUGGGAGGGCAAAAGAGGAGCAUGCGUAGGUGUAUUUCAGCUGAUACUGGCAAACAAAGAGUCCAAGGAGACAUUGAAAGAGAUUGUGCCUCUGCUGCGCAAUUCAGGAAACCCUCAGGUUGAAUACAUCAUUCGAGCUCUGAGGAAAUGGGCCAAGGAGAACAGAGUCCAUCUUGCAUGACAGUUAUACAUUUUUUACAUUUUUAUUUUUCAAUGCUUACAUGUGGAACAACUAUGCUAUGCAUUUACUCAAAGUUCUUGAAAUCAAAUAAAUUAUAUGUGUUCUAGGGUUGCUAAACUGUGCAUAUUUUACAAUUUUAUGACUGCAUUUUGGAUGAUCAGGUUUGUACAUAGUGUGUAUUAAAAUAUAUUUUCUGAA